AGGAUUCAGCAGUGCUCAUCUUUUAAACAUGAUUUUUCUAAUUUUGUAAAGAAAGGACAAAAUCUUUGAAUUCACACAUCCUUAAAAGACUGAGGUUAACUUGUCAGUGGCAGACUUGAGAGAUGACAGCUAACGUCAAGGGAAGGAUGAUUUCCUGUCCAAAUACCCACUUGUGUAUUAUUCUCAACCACCCUGCCCAAACUGCUACUCGACCUAUGAAACAAAUCACACCAUGAGCACAGAUGACUCCAGACUUCAGGUCUGUAAUCUGAUCGUGGCCCUCGGCAACCAGAAAUGAGUUUCUUUCUAAUCAGCCUUCCAUCAGUGCCCAGUCACGCAUAUAAAGGAGUUCGGGGUGGGAGGCUUUGCACUGCUCUUCAGCACCAGGGCUGUGGACAGCAGAAUCUCCGCCAGCUUCGCUGCUGCACCGCCAGUCCCCCUGUUGCAGAGAAGGGAAAUUGCAUCUGGAUCCAUGCAGCCGGCAAUGAUGAUGUUUUCAAGUAAAUACUGGGCAAGGAGAGGGUGUUCCCUGGACUCAGCGGUGCCUGAAGAGCAUCAGCUGCUGGGCAGCUUCGCACUAAAUAAAGCUAACUCUGGCAAAAGCGAAGACAAGAAAGGCAGCCAGGGGAGCAGCAGAGGCGAGGCCGCCGCUGAGAGUGGCAAGACGGCAGUUGUGUUCUCCUUGAAAAACGAAGUUGGCGGCUUGGUGAAGGCGCUGAGGCUCUUUCAGGAGAAACACGUCAACAUGGUUCAUAUUGAGUCUAGGAGAUCCAGACGAAGGAGUUCUGAGGUCGAAAUCUUCGUGGAUUGUGAGUGCGGCAAAACAGAAUUCACUGAGCUCAUUCAGUUGCUGAAAUUUCAAACCACAAUUGUGACUCUGAAUCCGCCGGAGACCAUUUGGACAGAGGAAGAAGAGCUGGAGGAUGUGCCCUGGUUCCCCCGGAAGAUCUCUGAGUUAGACAGAUGCUCUCACAGAGUUCUCAUGUAUGGUUCUGAGCUUGAUGCCGACCACCCAGGAUUUAAGGACAAUGUCUAUCGGCAGAGAAGAAAGUAUUUUGUGGAUGUGGCCAUGAGUUAUAAAUAUGGUCAGCCCAUUCCCAGGGUGGAGUACACAGAAGAAGAAACUAAAACUUGGGGCGUUGUAUUCCGGGAGCUCUCCAAACUCUAUCCCACUCAUGCUUGCCGAGAGUAUUUGAAAAACUUCCCUCUGCUGACUAAAUACUGUGGCUACAGGGAGGACAAUGUCCCUCAACUUGAAGAUGUCUCCAUGUUCCUGAAAGAACGGUCUGGCUUCACGGUGAGACCGGUGGCUGGAUACCUGAGCCCACGAGACUUUCUGGCGGGACUGGCCUACAGAGUGUUCCACUGUACCCAGUACAUCCGGCACGGCUCAGACCCCCUCUACACCCCAGAACCAGACACGUGCCAUGAACUCUUGGGACAUGUGCCGCUGCUUGCAGAUCCCAAGUUUGCUCAAUUUUCACAAGAAAUAGGUCUGGCAUCCCUGGGAGCAUCGGAUGAAGACGUUCAGAAACUAGCCACAUGCUAUUUCUUCACAAUCGAGUUUGGCCUCUGCAAACAAGAAGGACAACUGCGGGCUUAUGGAGCAGGGCUUCUCUCCUCCAUCGGGGAAUUAAAGCAUGCCCUUUCUGACAAGGCGUGUGUGAAAGCCUUUGACCCGAAGACGACUUGCUUGCAGGAAUGCCUUAUCACCACCUUCCAGGAAGCCUACUUUGUCUCAGAAAGUUUCGAAGAAGCCAAAGAAAAGAUGAGGGACUUUGCAAAGUCAAUCACCCGUCCCUUCUCAGUGUACUUCAAUCCCUACACUCAGAGCAUUGAAAUUCUGAAAGACACCAGAAGCAUUGAAAAUGUGGUGCAGGACCUUCGCAGCGACCUGAACACAGUGUGUGACGCCUUAAACAAGAUGAACCAGUACUUGGGGAUCUGAUGCCUGGAAGCCGUGUUGUCGGCUGGGCCAUCUUCUUGGGACCUAGCAGCAAUUCUGUCACUGAAGCUGGUGUUGCCCUUCUGUGUCAUGGCCUGGCUACUUAGC